UCACUCGUGUCUCUCCAUCGCCGCAUCUAUUCCUAUUUCCUCCAAAUUCCAAACUCAAAACAACUUGUUUUGUUUCUUUUGUUCUCUCACCAAUGGAUUUCCACGCCCUCUCAAGGAAGCAGCUCCAGGCUCUCUGCAAGAAGAACAAGAUUCCUGCCAACAUCACCAAUGUAGCCAUGGCUGACGCUCUCGUUGCUCUCCACCAGGUUGAAGGAUUGGAUGAAAUUUUGAAUCCAAUAGAGGGUGAUGUUGGAACCCCAAGUGUUCAGCAGCGUACGGCUGCUAGAGCCUCCACUCAAAGGAAAGCAGCGAGAGAGGAAGCAGAGAAGGCCUCGAGGCCUAAUCGCGGCGGGGCUAGAGCUGAAGGAGUUGUUGAGCAAGAGAACAAAGAUGGCAAUGUGAUUAAUGUCACUGUCACUGUCACUCCUGCUCCCAGCAGGAGAAAGGCUACUGCGGUUUCCACUCGCAGAAAGAAAGAAGUUGAGAUUGUAGAAGAAGACGCUGAUGCCGAUAAGAAUGAGGUUCAGGAAAAGCUGAAGCCAUCAGAUUUGCCUAAAACACCUGCCGCAGCUCCCAUGAGUAGGGCAAGAGGUGCUGGCCGGUCGGUUUGCACCGCCGGUGGUACUUCAAUGCAGAAGGCAUAUAACACGAGGAGAUCGGUUAGGUUGUUGGAGAAGGACUUGUCUAAGAUGAGCUUGGUGGACUCUGGACUUGUCAAGAUUGAUGAUGAUGCUUCUCAAGAAUUCAGUAAUGUCUCUCAGCAAUUAGAAGACUCGUUUGAGGCUGAAAAGGGGUCUAGUUUGCAGACGGCAUCAACUGUGGUUUCGGAGGAUACCCAGGAAGUGGAAGUUUGCUCCAUGGAAAAUAAGUCUGAGUAUGAAUGCCAAUCGCAUGAUUCAGGUUCAGAUGUGAAGAUAGUUUCUGUGGAAGAGAAUGAUAUGGUGGUUGAACCACUUGAUUCAGAGGAAGCUGAACCAGAGAAAGUCAAUUGCUUGGAGUUGGAGGCUGAACCACAUGGUUCUGAUGAAGCAGGAUCUGAAUCGCUCCCUCUACUUGAAGGAUCUUGUGAUUCUUCUGAAGUAGAAAUUGAAAAUAAGGAAUGCUUUCGAGCCAGACAAGACACUUUGCCUAUUGACGAAGUUGCUAUUCAGGAGGGUACUGGCCAAGAUAUGGAUACCGAGACUGUUGUGGUUCCAGAUAAUGUUACUGAACCAGAUGUUGCCUGCUCGCUUCCUAUGUUAGCUGAGUGCAAAAUGAAUGUUCAAGUCAGUAAUGAGGGUAAUGAUAAAGAAGAUAGGAGUGAUGAUCAAGAUGUUGCUGAUCAAGAUUUUAACUAUGCUUCAGCGGGCCUACAGGAAUUUGAUGAGUUCAAAGUGGAUGAUCAAGUCAGCAAUGAGGGUGAAGAUAAAAAAGAUAAGAACAAUGAGCCACAAAAAGAGUCUGAACCACAAGAUUCAAAUUUGAAACUGGAAGGAAGUUCUAAUACAUAUGACAAUUCCGAGGAUGAAGGAUCUGAAGUGACAUCUGUACUUGAGGAAUCUAGUGAUUCUUCUCAGUCUGAAUUAGAAAUAGAAAAUAAGGAAAACAUUGGUGUCAUGCAAGACAUUUUUCCUUCUGAGGCAUCUGAAGAUACUCAUAUGAAGGUUCCUGUCCAAGAUGCUGCAACUUUGACUGUUGGGGUGCCGGAUGGUGUUGAAGGCAACCAAGACAUUUCGCCUUUUGAGGCAUCUGAUGAUGCCCAGGUUAUUCACAAAGAUGCUGCAACUUUGACUGUUGUGGUGCCUGAUGAUGUUUCUGAUCAAGACAUGUCACCUGUUAAUGAGGCUCCAGCAAGCAUAAAGGAAUCUGUGGAGUUCAACACUGAAGAAGAUAUAGCUGCUGAUGGCAAUUACAUGACAGAAGCUAUCUUGGAAGCUGACGGAAAAGAUAUCAUGGAAGUUAAAAAUGUCUCUUCUGAGAAUUUGGAAGCUGAGGCACAAGCUGAAGAAUAUGUGGAGCCCGUUGCAGGAGUCCACGUUAUGUUGGACGCUCUUAAUGCAUUUUCAAGUGGUUUGGAUGGAGAAGCAGAGGACCAUAAGAAUACUUCUAAGAACCUGGAAGCUGAAGAAUCUGAGGAACCUGUCGCAGUAGAGGACAUUGUGUUGGAGGCUGAUAAUGCAAGUAUCCUAAAUGGUGUGCUGAGUUGCGAAUCCAACACACUGGUUGAUGGGGAUGUUGUUUCAGAAGACACUACCAUUCCAAAACAGGAGCCUAGUGAGACUAUGACAGAAGGCUCUAUCCAUGAGCAGAAGAGUACUGAUAUUUCAGUUCAAUCAGUUGUUUCUGACCAAUUGAAGGGAGAAGUUCACAACACCAACGUGAUGAAGGAAAACAUGAACUCUGAUGAACUAAAGACUAAAAGUAUCGGCCAACUGAGGAGGUUGCUGAAGCAGUUAACUCUAGAUGAAAAAAAUAACAGCAAGACUAAUGCUGUUAAGGAAGUGGAGAAGAAAAGAACUGCACUGCAGGUACUACCACAGAAUGGAGCUCAGAUUGAUGGCUGAAUAAUUAUAGACAACAGAAUAAACUUGGAACUAGGCGCUCCCUAAAUAAAUCUCAUGGUUAUUACUGUAGGUGUAGAUCUAUGGUAUAUGGUUCAAACCUUUGGUUUGGCGCCCCUAUAUUUUCUGUUCUCAGUCACUAUGCAUCUUUUUAUUGUAAUUUUACUUGUUGCAAGAAACUCAUCAUUUUGAUGGAUUCUUUAUUUUUCGGUGCCUCAAUUUCAGUUGUGUUUUCUGAUCCUGGAAAAUGCAUCUAAUAGAUUCAAACCUCUUGCUGAAUGAAAUUAGUGAGACGGGAUGCCAUUUACCCUAUUUAGUCCCUCUCAAUUGUCCCA